GACACCACUUUGCAACUAACAACAACAACAUGAUGAAUGGCUGCCGGACUUGGUCAAUGAAGAAAAGGUCCAGGGGUGACAUAAUAACAGUCUUCUAAUGUUUGAGGGGCUGCCCCAAAGAAGAAGCGGGUGAAAUUAUUCUCCAAAGCCUCUGAAGGCAGAACAAGAAACAAUGGUUGGAAACUAAUCAAAGAGAGAAGAUACCGGGAGUUAAGGAUGAAUUUCUUGAUCGUAGGAACAAUUAAUCCGUGGAACACAAGUGGUGGGUGCUCCAACGCUGAAGGUUUUGGAGAAGAGAUUGGACAACAUUGGUCUGAAAUGGCAGUGGGUCUCCUGCUUGAGCAGGGGGCUGGACUAGAAGAUCUCCGAAGCCCCUUCCCCUCUUGUUAUUCUGCCUUCUGGGUCAAGAUGUUUUUUCCUCGGCUGUGAGGAUUGUCUCGGUCUUUUGCAGGGUGGGAGAAGAUGCCGUUGGUCAGCGGAUUGGUUCCCGCUCGAUUCCUGGUCCUCACAGCUCACCUGGUCAUUGUCAUCACCAUCUUCUGGUCCAGGGUGAGUCUCUUCUUCCUAGUUUCAAUUCCUGGGACCUUUUUCCAAAUAUUUCCCCUUUGCUCUCGGUCUGGUUUUAGGAUGUUUCAUCCCAAAAUAAAAAUAGAGUCUUUGAGGAGUCAAAUGGGACAGCUCCCUGUGUCUCCUCACACUUUUUCUAGGAUGAUCGUGGCCCUGUCCGUCACCCUCGGGCUCUUUGUGGUAGAGCUGGCCGGCUUUCUCUCCGGGGUCUCCAUGUUCAACAACGCGCAGAGUCUGCUUUGUAUCCUUCCGUAAAGAAAAACGGGGAUCAGAGUGUGGGCUGGGAAGAGAGAGAACCUUCCCUUAAAAAAAAAGCAGCUGAGAAAACGACUCGACUUCAAACCCGUGAAAGCAAAUUGCCCAGAAAGUAAUCCUCAACUUACGACCGUUCAUUUAACGAUGACUUCAUGGGGAAAAGUGACUUACGGCCUGUCCUCACACCAUCCCGCCACGUUCCGAGACCACAGUUUGGACGCUCGGUGACUGGUUGGUGUUUACGAACAAUGGCAACAUCCUGAUCCGUUUCCCACACUUCAGAAAGAGAAUAGAAUAGAAUUCUUUAUUGGCCAAUUAGCUGAGAAGCCGCCAUUGCCCGCGGAUUUAUUUAUAGGGGGAAAAUGUCCAGACUAAACGUAAUUUCUAACG